AUGGACUGCUCGGAAGCUUGCCAAAGGUCCCACUGGAAUUCUGGGCACAAGACGACUUGCAAGGAUUUUAAAUUGUCUGGUAAAGUUAAUUCAACGCAGUCUGUAUCUGUACUGCUUGGAAAGAAAUCUUCUACUGCGGUUUCACUGGUUUCUGCCAAUGGAACCUCCAAGAUGCUCAACCCGUCAAAACAGAUUCUUUUUCCCUAUGAGGAAUUUGUGGAACUUUUUAACUGGAAAAAGCCAGGUUUCCCUCCUUGUGGGCUUCUGAAUUGUGGAAACAGCUGUUUUGCCAACGUGGUUCUACAAUGUCUUGCAUAUACGCAGCCCCUUUUAGCCUACUUGUUGGAGAAAGGCCAUAGGACUGAAUGCAGGCGGAAUGAUUGGUGCUUCCUGUGUGAAUUUCAAACCCAUGUUGAAAGAGCUAGCCAAAGUCAUCAUCCUUUUUCACCAAUCAAUAUUCUCUCACGUUUACCUAAUAUUGGUGGUAAUCUUGGCUAUGGAAAACAGGAGGAUGCCCAUGAGUUCAUGAGGUUCGCUAUUGAUACAAUGCAAUCAGUGUGCCUUGAUGAAUUCGGUGGAGAAAAGGCUGUUUGUCCAAGCUCUCAAGAGACGACCCUUAUUCAGCAUAUAUUUGGUGGUCGCCUCCAGUCUCAGGGCACUCUGUUUGGUGGUGCAGCCAUUGGUUGGUUGGACUAG